AGCCGCAGUCUGUGAUUUGAGGUUUCCAGCCGCGAAAAUGGCCAGCGAAGAAGCCGUCGUCGUCGCCGUCCCGGAAGUUACGAUCGAGGCGGUUGAGAUGCAGAUCGAGGCGGCGAAGGACGAGCAGGAGAAUCAUCCUCCCGUGAAGUCAACCAAGGCGAGGAAGACGAAAGAGCCGAAGGCGAAGAAAUCAGUUGCUGCGAAGAGGAGAAGCCCUACUCAUCCUCCUUACUUUGAGAUGGUUCAGGAAGCGAUUUCCUCUCUGAAGGAGAGGACUGGAUCGAGUCAGUACGCGAUUCAGAAGUUCAUCGAGGAUAAUCAGAAGGCUCUGCCUCCGAAUUUCAGGAAAUUGCUGCUCGUUCAACUCAGGAAGUUCGUGGCUUCCGAUAAGCUCGUGAAGGUGAAGAACUCCUACAAGCUCCCGUCGGCGAGGUCGGCUUCUUCUAAGCCGGCGGCCGCGCCUGCAGCUCCGGCGAAGAAGCCAUCUGCUCCUGCCAAGCCCAAAGUCGCAGUGAAGAAGGCGGCUGCCAAACCGAAACCAAAAUCCGUCGCCAAGCCAAAAGCUGUUACUGCUGCCAAGCCUAAGGCGGCUCCUAAGAUCGCCCCUUCAGCCUCAAAACCCAAAGCUGUUGCCAAGCCGAAGGCGUCUCUGAAGAGGAAGGCCGUGCCAAAGUCCAAGCCGGCGACGAAGGUGGCCAGGACGUCUUCUAGGACCACGCCGGGAAAGAAAGUCGCCGCUGCUAAGGUCGCGCCGAAGAAGGCGGCUCCGGCGAAAAGCGUGAAGGCGAAGACGGCCAAGUCGCCGGCGAAGAAGGCAACUGCAAAGAGGGGAAGGAAUUGACGAAAAAGGAACCCGUAGUUAAACUGCCUUAGUUUUGUACUAGGGGUAUUUCUGUAAAUUUCUCCCGCUGCUGUUUUACGUUUGUUUUUUUUCUUUUACCGUCUAGCUUUUACCCAUUUACUAGUAAUAUAAAAUGAGACAACUUUCGAAAUAAUUUUCUUAUUUGCAAUUCCAUUACCAAAAGGAAGGUGACACGAAUUACGCGUAAUUUGUCCAUUUUGUCGUAUAAUUUCUCAUAUCAUGAUAUCAAAUAGAGAUUCUAGAAUCACAAAUAAAAUUGUAACAAAAACUUACAAACCUA